AUGGAUAAUAAUCAUCACCAUCAUUUACACCAUCCUCAUCAUCAUCAUCCUCACUCCUUUAAUAGCAACGAGGAUCCUAUGAACAGUCUCUCUUUCGUUACGACGACAACAUCUUCUCCAUCGUCCAUGGAAUCACUCAGCUGCGAUGAUCCAAAUUCAAUUUUACCACUUAAUCAUCACAUCAUGACCAACGACAACAACAUUGAAGAAAUGAAUAAGGAACACACUUUUGAAACGAUAAUAAUACCAUCGGAAAAGUAUUGCAAAGAAGAACAAAAGGACUCUAUUCGGGUAGAGCCUUGUUGUGAACCAUUAUUAAUUCAUGAAACUUUUGAACCUUCGUCGCUCACCUUUGAAACACCUCGUGAAGAAGAACAAACAAUCUGUACUUGCAAAAAGUAUCGUUUUAACGCCUCCGUAUAUGGGUUUUCAAAAAGCCAAUAUUAUGACUAUUCAGACGAUCUUCUUGGUCUUAAGGAAGAAGAUUUAAAUUUAGGAGAAGACUUUUACUUUUAUACCAACUGCACUCUGGGAGUGUCGGAUGGCGUUGGAGGAUGGUCUUCUUAUGGAGUUGACUCGUCUCGAGUGAGCAAAGACAUUAUGAAUCACUGUAAAUAUUUUGCAAUCGAAAAGGAGCAUUUCCCUAAUUCAGAACAUUCGUCGUUAACGCCUCUAAACAUUUUAUCAAAAGCAUACUACAAAGAAGUUGAAGUAUAUGAAAAUUUGAAAAUUAACCAACCUCUUGGAAGUACCACAGCUUGUGUGCUUCAUAUGGACGAAAUGUCUGCUGCUCUAAGUUAUGCAAAUUUAGGAGAUAGUGGUUUUAUCGUGUUAAGACGAAGUAGUAGUGACAAUCAGCAACGAAUAAUAUUUACUGCAAAGGAUAAAUGCCGUAUCAUUAAUGGCUUGGGCAAGGCUCCUUAUCAAUUAAGCUUUUUACCUCCAAGUUUCAUUCAGACGAACAACUAUUUCAACGACAAGCCAACAGAUGCAAUGUUCGAAGCUAAUAUAAUAUCGCUUCAAGAGGGAGACAUUGUGAUCAUGGGAAGUGACGGCCUUUUUGAGAAUAUUAAGAUGGAUUACUUGGUUGAGCUCGUCAAUGACCUUUUUCCACCAGGAAAACCUCAUAAUGAUAUGAAAUUAUUGUCAGAAGAACUAGCUAAUGAAGCCAGGCGACGUGACUGCAAACAAGAUGAUAUUGUUUGCCUUUGUGCAAACGUGGUAUAUGAAUAA